AUGGGACGAAGGAACUUAAAAACAGCACUUGUUACGACAGUCCUACUACUUGUGAUAUAUCUUUUCUACUCGUCAUUCGAUGGACACGUAUCUUACAAGACUGAACCAAAUUCCAACAAGUUACAACUUCUACGAGAGCUUGAAGCUAAUAAGGAAUGGAAAACUCGAGGAUUCAAUUUCCAACCAAGGUUGAAGCCAACUCCAAAUCAAUCGAGUAAGGUUCUUCAGCAGCUUUAUCAAAGUAUUCCAUAUGAUACUACCAGCGACUUCCCUAAAUUUAUUUGGCAAACGUGGAAAGUAGAUUUGGGGGAUGAGUCCUUCCCAAAAAGGUAUCGCAAUUACCAAGCGACUUGGGAUGAUAAAAACCCAAACUACAAACACUUUGUGAUUCCAGAUGAACAGUGUGAUGCUCUUGUUGCUGAGCUAUACUCAGAGGUACCAGAUGUCGCCAAAGCCUACCGCAUCAUGCCUAAGUCUAUCUUGAAAGCAGACUUUUUCCGUUACUUGAUAUUAUUCGCCAGAGGAGGAGUGUACACCGAUAUAGACACCGUUGGAUUGAAACCUAUAGAUGACUGGGCAAGUAACAAUGAGGAAAUAGCUGGAAAAUCAAACAAUGCAGGAUUAGUUGUCGGAAUUGAGGCCGACCCAGAUCGGCCAGAUUGGGCGGAUUGGUACGCACGCAGAAUCCAAUUUUGUCAAUGGACGAUUCAAUCAAAACGUGGCCAUCCUAUGUUGGCCCAACUUAUAGCUCAAAUCUCAGAUAUAACGCUUACGCGAGCAGAGAAAGGACAGUUGAAAAAAGUUUUGGGAAAGGACGAAGGUGGAGAUAUAAUGAACUGGACAGGACCUGGUAUUUUCACUGACUAUGUCUUCAAGUACCUCAACCAAAUAGUCGAUGUUGACUGGCGACUUUUCACUGGGAUGGAGAAACCCAUUGCUAUUGAUGAUGUUUUAGUAUUGCCAAUAACUUCGUUUAGUCCCGAUGUAAAUCAAAUGGGAGCCAAGUCGUCAGGUGAUCCAAUGGCAUUUGCCAAACACAUGUUUUCGGGAAGCUGGAAGGACGAUGGAAUGCCAGAGAUGGCUUCAUAA